AUGCAACCACACAUCCGUGGUCACAUCUUCUUGGGUGUGGACAAAGUGAUGGAAGACACUGUACGCCUUUACUACCAUGCCUACCGAUUCUACAGCUCCAUGGGGCUGCAUCUGCUGAAGAGCUUCAAUGUCCUGGAGGAGGUGGGCAUGUUCUUGUGUGAGCUGUCUGAAGAGAAGCAGAUAGGUUAUUUCAGGCUGUUAAAGUUUUUGAAGGGAAACUACAAAGGCGACAUGUCAUUCCCCAAGCAUGAUCGAACUCCACCAAAGUGGAAGGGAGUCCUGAGUGUUAUGGAAUAUGCCAUAAAUCUGGAGAAGGAGCUGGAUCAGGCUGUCAGGAUUCUCUACAGAAAGGCUUCCCGCACUGGGAAAUCUGUUCUCUGUGACCUGCUCAGGACUCAUUUCCUGAAUGGGGAGCAUGUCCAGGAGCAGAUUCAGGCCCACAUGGACAAUGUCUGA